CUCUCAGUUCUUGUUGGUUGAUCGGAUUCAGAAUUAUACGCCUCGACGCAACUCUCUAUAGUUAUAAUUCAAUUCAAGAAGACCCCAUAUCCAGACAGUACCCACUGAAUAUCCUGCUGUCUUGGAAAGGUCGUGAUACUAGUUCUUAUCAUUGUCUAUCUCGUUGUUGUCAUUAGUAUAGUAUCGAGGAGUACGUAGGGAUUCGACAGGAUUUGGAAUAUGAACAUCUGGAACUGAAUACCUGAAUAUCCGAAUCUGAAAUAUUUCAAUAUCUGAUAAAAUCUGUGAAAUUUAUCUUACAACAAAUACAAGACUACCAUCAAUUCCCAUCCUUAUCAAUAUCAUAUCACUGUCUCCAUCGCUAUCGCUAUCACUACCACUAUCAUUAUCAUUAUAUUAGAAUCCUUCGAAUAAUUGAUAGAUUUGACCCUUUUCUCGGCGCCCAUUUGAAACAUAAACUAUGUCGCAUCCCAUCAAGUCCGAGCCGAGUCUCUCAGCAUCUGUAUCCUCGACUGCGAGCUCCAAUCAGUCAGGCUCCAACGACUUUGUCAAAAAGCUCUUUCUAAUGCUUCAGGAAGAUUCCUACAAGGAUGUCGUGAGAUGGACAGCUAAUGGUGACAGUUUUGUAGUGCUCAACACCAACGAGUUCACCAAGGAGAUCUUGCCGCGUCACUUCAAGCACUCUAACUUUGCCAGCUUUGUUCGUCAGCUCAACAAGUACGACUUUCACAAAGUAAAAGUAUCUAAUGAAGAGAAAAUGGUGUACCCAUACGGUGAAGAUGCGUGGGAAUUCAAACACCCUGAUUUCAAGAUCAACGAUAGGGGCUCACUUGAAAAUAUCAAAAGAAAGGGCCCUUCUUCUAAAAAAAUCCUGAGUGCCAACACCAUCACUAACGGCGGUGAUUUCACGUCGUCGUCCUCAGUAGCAUGUAACCAUAACUUGUCUCAAAUCACGACUGCUCAGUCCCAUCUCAAGGACCAAGUAGAACAGCUCAGAGCGGAAAACAAACAAUUGCAUCAGGAUGUCAACGUUCUCCAGACGAAGUAUAAGACGCUUAUCGAGAACAUUGUAGCCAUAAAUACUUUUGAUGAGCGCUACCAUCGCUCCAUGGGCAUUUUGAUUAACUGUUUGCUCCAAGCGGGAAUCAAACUCCCUCCAUUAGAUUUUCCCAAUCCCGCACUCAUGAGUCUCCAGCAGCCGACAACUGGUCUUGUAGCACAGACCACCACGACAAACAUACCCAACCCCAAGUUCCAUGUACUCUUAGUGGAGGACGACAAUGUGUGUAUCCAGUUGUGUCGUAAGUUUCUUGUCAAGUAUGGCUGUCAAGUUACCGUAGUUACCGAUGGACUCAAUGCAAUCUCCACUGUAGAACACACCAAGUACGACUUGGUUUUGAUGGAUAUCGUAAUGCCCAACUUAGACGGAGCCACGGCGACCAGUGUAAUCAGAUCGUUCGAUACAAAGACCCCCAUCAUCGCCAUGACAGGAAACAUCGAAGAUAACGACUUGGUGACAUACUUGCAAAACGGGAUGUCGGACAUUUUGGCCAAACCAUUCACCAAAGAUGAUCUCUACUCCAUCUUAUCCAAGCACUUGUUGACAGACGAGUCGAAGACUGCUGCUGCUGUUGGAGUAACUUCCAGAAACAUCAGCAUCAGCGGACCUACCUUGCCAGCAGAAUCCGACGAAGACCCACUUCUCAAGAAACAGCGACUUCAAUAAUAUCAAUGAAAAUAAUAAACAUGAACAAUGAUAAAAGGUGAAUGUAAUAUAGAUUUGGCUGCUGUACUAUUAUCAUAAUAAUUAUAUACUAUAUCUUGCAAAAACGUGCUGGUAAAAUAACAGUGCUUUAAUUAUAUAGCUGUAAUAUACACUGUACUUCUAU